GACAACAAUACUAUUGUCGUAUGGAAUUAGAUGCUGUUUGGUCAGGACGGAUUCUCGAAAAACCGGCUAUUCUUCAGCUGUUCACGCAAAAUGUGGCGCGCAUUGCUUACUUUCCUUCUUCUCAUAAUUCCAUUUUCCCUUUUUCUUCCCCCACUAAAAUAUACUCUCUUCACUUAAUCACUUCCCUGUUUAUGGCUAAAUCAUUGACCUAAAACGCAUCACACAAAUUAAAAUCAAAAAUCAGACAAAACCAUGUCUCGUAAAUCCAUCCCGAUCCUAAAACAACUCCUCCACCAAUCCACCACGCGCCGUUUCUCCCACGCGCCUCCACGCGCCGUCACGUUAAUCCCCGGCGACGGCGUUGGUCCACUAGUAACCGAAUCAGUGGAACAAGUAAUGAAAUCAUUAAAAGCACCCGUUUAUUUCGAGCGAUACGACGAAGUACAGGGUGAUAUGAAGUGUAUACCUGAAGAAGUAAUUGAUUCGAUUAAGAAGAAUAAAGUUUGUUUAAAAGGAGGGUUAAGGACACCUGUAGGUGGUGGUGUUAGUUCAUUGAAUGUGCAAAUGAGGAAAGAGCUUGAUUUGUAUGCUUCCAUUGUGCAUUGUGUUAGUUUUCCAGGGUUACCUACAAGGCAUGAAGAUGUGGAUAUUGUUGUGAUUAGAGAGAAUACUGAAGGAGAGUAUGCUGGACUUGAACAUGAGGUUGUUCCUGGUGUUGUUGAGAGCCUUAAGGUGAUAACAAAAUAUUGUUCACAGCGUAUAGCAAAAUUUGCGUUUGAAUAUGCUGAUGUAAACAAAAGAAAGAAGGUCACAGCUGUGCACAAAGCCAACAUUAUGAAACUUGCAGAUGGUCUAUUCUUAGAAUCCUGUAGGGAAGUUGCAACUAAAUAUCCAGAAAUACAAUAUGAGGAGAUUAUUGUGGAUAACUGCUGCAUGCAACUUGUCUCAAAGCCAGAGCAAUUUGAUGUAAUGGUGACUCCCAACCUCUAUGGAAAUCUGAUUGCAAAUACGGCUGCUGGCCUGGCUGGUGGCACAGGAUUCAUGCCAGGAGGUAAUGUUGGCACUGAUCAAGCAGUUUUUGAGCAAGGUGCUUCAGCUGGGAAUGUUGGCAACGAAAAGAUAUUGAAGCUUAAGAAAGCAAAUCCGGUGGCUCUUCUUCUGUCGUCAGCAAUGAUGCUGAGACAUCUUGAAUUUCCAUCCUUUGCUGAUCGCUUAGAAACUGCUGUAAGACGUGUAAUAGCAGAGGGAAAAUUCAGGACAAAGGACGUUGGAGGGGAUAGCACCACCCAAGAAGUUGUUGAUGCAGUUAUAGCUGCUUUAGACUAAUCGGCAAUGAUAAACAGCAAAUGUUUAGGAGAAUUAUUCACUGUCCAGAGAUCUACUUGGCCUAUUUUUUUUAGCUGCUGCAAUUUUGUUCUUUUAUUAUCUUUGUCAUUGGUUAAUAAUUCAAACUUGAUGCAUGAUUGCUGUCUAUGCCCUGUGCAUAAAAACCUGUAAAGGAUCACUUUUUUCUCGUCCAUAUUAGAAGGAAAUUUGCUUCGUGGUGAUA